CUAUUUAUUUUGUAUCAUAGUUUUUUAAACGUCUAAAUACAUAGUCUAUUGAAUAUCAUUUUGAACAACAUGGGAAGCCCAUUAUGCGUCAUAGAGGCCAUCUUGGCAUUACCCAGUGCUCUAUGCGCUGACAAAUGGCUUAAUCACAGAUGAUGUUUGCUUGCCAGUUCUCCUUUAUUGAGAUGAUGUUUUAAACGAGGCGUCGUUAAAGCUAUGUACAGCCCCCUCUGCUCCUGCUUUGCCCCAAAUUGAUGUUAAUGGGAUGCUCCCCUGGCUUGGCUUGUGAUUUCUGGUGCGAAUGGCCGAGGAGAUAUCAUUGGGCCCGGCUCAAUGUGUUGUUUAAAGGUCGCGGCGGCCUCGGUGGCUUUUGUGCUAACAACUCCUGGGUGUAUAUGGAGGGGAGCGUCCAAAUUGACACCAUAUGUUUUCCUAUUAGUCGACUAGUAAUAGAAUACAAGGCGCAUAAUCAGCGCCAGCGGGCGAGAUCGACGCUGCUCGCCGUGGGGAAUUGGACACAUGAUUAAGACUUAACCUUUGAAGAGAUGAAAUGGCAUGUGAUAUCCUUAUCUGACGGCUUUAUCGAUCCCGUGGAUGUAUAUGAUGGUUAUAAAUGUGUUGAGGUGACGGUGCAACCAUGUAAACCCACAGCGAACCGCUGUUUAGCGCGGGUAGGCCAAUUUGAGAGUAAGACGUCUAUUAAUUCCACUUAAUCCUGGAAUUACCAAAGAGCCAGAGGGAUGAUAAUGGAUUUGCUAUUAAUCAGGUCCACUUUGGAUAAGGAUCAUUGCACAUAGUAGCCUAAGAGCAGUGUUUAAUUAUGUUAAACAGAUUUAUUUUCACUCUUUUAAUUGGCACAAAACGUGCGUAAUGCGUAUUGUUCCCAUUUAUAGCGCACAUACAACGUAUUCCCAAGCAGAUCGCCCACUGAUUGCACACAACAGGAUUGUAGUGGCUGGGAGGAUUUGUUGCCAAAUACAAACAAGAGAAAAAAACCGAGAUGUCAGAUUUAAUAUGUUGAGAAUCCAAGCGCGCCCUCGUUGUUGUGCCCGCGCGUCGCCCCUGGUCACCUUAAAACGAAGCUUCCCUCGAAGGGUAAACGAGUAGCGUCCAAUUUUGUCUGAGUGAUAUCCAAAUCCAGACAGAAAGGGUCGUUUUAUCGUGCUACUAUUUGUCGUGACGAUGCGUUUUUCAAAAGCAGAGCUGUGUCAUAAAGUGACAUGCCUGCCACAAGUGCUCCAACUGAUCUUUUCAAUUAGCCUUCCCAUGCAUGAUCCGAGGCGACUUCCGCCUAUUUCCAGAAAUUAAGCUCAAACUUGACGUGCAGCUAGCUUUAUUUUAAAGACAAAUGUCAGCCAGCCUCAUCACAUUCCCCCCUCUUCUAUAUCUGGAGCUUAUUUAUUGCUAAGGAGCCUCUGCUCCCGGAGUCAAUGUAGCAGGCGGCAGCGCAAGAGAAGGCAGCGGAGAUCUGGAGCACAGUAAGGCACUCCGGGGAGGCAUCCGUCCCACUUGGCUUCAGGUCACAGCGGUGUGAACCAGCUGGGCGGUGUGUUUGUUAACGGUAGACCGCUACCGGACACCACCAGGCAGAAAAUCGUCGAACUUGCUCAUAGUGGCGCGCGGCCGUGCGACAUCUCCAGGAUUCUGCAGACCCAUGAUGACUCAAAAGUCCAAGUGCUGGAAAAUGAAAACGUGUCCAACGGGUGCGUGAGUAAGAUCCUUGGCAGAUACUAUGAGACUGGCUCCAUAAGACCGAGAGCGAUCGGAGGCAGCAAGCCGAGGGUAGCCACUCCAGAGGUGGUGGGGAAGAUAGCGCAGUACAAGAGGGAGUGCCCGUCUAUUUUCGCCUGGGAGAUCCGCGACAGACUGUUGUCGGAGGGGGUCUGCACCAACGACAAUAUACCCAGUGUGUCAUCGAUAAACAGAGUCCUCCGCAACCUGGCUAGCGAGAAGCAACAGAUGGGCGCAGAUGGCAUGUAUGACAAGCUGAGAAUGCUCAACGGUCAGACAGGAACUUGGGGGACACGGCCCGGCUGGUACCCCGGAACUUCAGUGCCAGGGCAGCCCAACCAAGAUGGCUGCCAGCCACAGGACGGUGCAGGAGAGAACACCAACUCCAUCAGUUCGAAUGGGGAGGAUUCUGACGAGACGCAGAUGCGACUCCAACUAAAGAGGAAACUACAGAGAAACCGCACGUCGUUCACCCAAGAGCAGAUUGAAGCACUGGAAAAAGAAUUUGAAAGGACUCAUUAUCCUGACGUUUUCGCGAGGGAAAGACUGGCAGCGAAAAUAGAUCUGCCUGAAGCAAGAAUACAGGUGUGGUUCUCAAACAGAAGAGCGAAGUGGAGGCGGGAGGAGAAGCUCCGGAACCAGCGUCGUCAGGCCAGCAACUCCUCCAGUCACAUCCCCAUCAGCAGCAGCUUCAGCACCAGCGUCUACCAGCCCAUGCCUCAGCCCACCACACCGGUGUCCUUCACAUCUGGGUCUAUGUUGGGCAGACCUGACACGGCCCUCACCAACACGUACAGCGCACUGCCUCCCAUGCCCAGCUUCACCAUGGCCAACAACCUGCCUAUGCAACCCAGCCAGACCUAUUCCUGCAUGCUGCCUACCAGUCCGUCUGUGAAUGGGCGGAGCUACGACACAUAUACGCCCCCUCAUAUGCAGGCACAUAUGAACAGCCAAUCAAUGACCACUUCUGGUACCACCUCAACAGGACUCAUCUCUCCUGGAGUGUCUGUCCCUGUCCAAGUCCCAGGCGGCGAGCCUGACAUGUCUCAGUACUGGUCAAGACUACAAUAGAGAGAAGAGCUACUUCUCCCUGUAACUGUUCACCCACCGCCCUCCGCUGGGAGCUCACACACACAUGGAGAGAAGUGGAGGAGAGAGAGAGACUCUGGGAGUGCCCUAGGACUACAGGGUGUGGUUGUUUCCACUGGGACCGUGUGUUGUUCUGUAGUCUUGGCACAUAUGAGGACUGGGGAGAACAACGAUGGGAAGAGAGGGGGAAGAAGAAGACAAAACGUGGACCUCUGUAAAGUGCCCGGUGUUUAACAUCUUCAUGGAACAAAAACUUCAUUUUUUUUUCUCACUUUUCAAGUAAUUGAUUCUUUUUUUCUGUCUGUCUCUUGUGUUUGUAUAUGGGCGUGUGUAUGUUAUGAUGAAAAACCCAGAUCAAGUACUGAUAGAUGGACUGCUAGAAAACCAUGUUGGUCUUGUGUUUGUUUUUGAGGUAAAGGAGAACCCAAGAGAUUUCUGCCAUGACUAUUUUUUUAUCUGCUUACAUCGAGACUUUCUACCAGACUUUGCACAGUCUGUGGACUCAUACGAAACUGUUGCAUAUCACCCGAGAGGAGAGCUGUGGGGAAUAGACUCAGUGUGUUUAUUAAUCCUAUUUAUUGGUCAUACUCCUUCAAAAUGGCCGUCAGCAGAGGAGGACCUCCAGUCAAUCCACCCACCUCAGCCUUGGGUCUUUGACUCCUGCAAUAUCACACAAACUGUAUAGGCCUGGAUAUUUCACUGUGGUCACAGACAACCACAUUAUCACAGGAAUUGUACAGACAACCACCACUAACAGUUUGCAAGGACAGUGGGACAUUCAAGACUUGUUCAUGGACUUCUGCUGUGGUGGAUGGAUUGAUUCUAGGUUCAAGACUUGUUCAUGGACUUCUGCUGUGGUGGAUGGAUUGAUUCUAGGUUCAAGACUUGUUCAUGGACUUCUGCUGUGGUGGAUGGAUUGAUUAACGGUCCAAGUGAAGAGCUAUAGAUGCAGAGGAGCUGUGGAGUAAAACAGUUGAAUCGCUAAAUGGUAGACUGUGUCUUCGAUAUAAUCCAAUUUGUUCAUGUCAAAUUGUAAGUAUGUCUUCCCUAGAAAUCAAAAGAUUUCUCCAAUAAAAGUACAUUUACA